CCCUGUAACAUGAAAUGUAUCAUCUAAAAUAUCUCAUAAGUCAUUUGUUGGGUUCUUUGCGAGCAACAAAGCCUGUCAUGCGAGAGCAUCAGGAGGGGUGUUUAGUUUGAGUUGGUUCUGGCUAUAAUGGGUCCAUUGAAACCCACAGAGAAACAGUGCCAUGCAUUUUUAAUCAGGUGGCUUCUGAGGUCGCCUGCUCCAUUCUGAGGAUGUCAAUUAUGAGCAACAGUGGGACGAAACUGACAGAAAGACAAUGACAUUACCUCAUGACAGGAAGAGAGUGAUUUUAUUACAUUGAUCUGUCAUUUUCAUUUCCAAUAAGUGAGUGGCAGAACUCUUAUCUCCAAACAUCCGUUGCUGCAGUGUGCUGUAUGAAAAGAUAAGAUCAGAAACUAAAUAUCUCGGAUAAUAUUUUGUGUUAGACUGUAACAGACUGCACCUUCACUGAACCGCUUGAUGGUAGAAGCAUGAGAACAAGGAUAUUGCUGAGUGUUGCGUCUGGGUUUAUGAGCUUCUCCUGUGAGGCUGUGCGCAGUUGUGCAGAGAGCCAGUGUGCUGAAGACCAGCGAUGCUGCACCCAAAACAGCAGCAGCAGCAGCACCACGUCCGUCCGUCAACUCCCUCCGCACACUUUCCUGGACAAUCUGGAAUGGAUGGUCCGUAAGCUGUCUGGACUGCUGAUCCUGCUCUUGCUCUUCGUGGUGGGUUAUUUCAUUCAGCGUGUCGUAUGUCCUCGUCCCCGCCGUCAGACACCCGAGGAGCCAUCACUUCUGCAUGGACACGCGUCCCAGGACUCCCUCACAGGGGACUUCAGCUCCCCGGUGCUGUUGCUUCCCACGUACGAGGAGGUGAAUUAUCUGCCCACAUAUGAGGAGAUCAUGAUGGAGGUAAAUGGAGACAAUCUGAACUCAAACUCAGGAGCUAUAGAGCAAAGACAAGCAACAUUGCACACAUCUAGAAGACCCAUAAACUCUCUAUAAUCCACUCAGUGUGUUUGACUUGAUUCUGUAAUAGCUGAUGCAUUCACAAUAAUGCAUCCCAUGUGUCUUUAGCAGCUGUUCACUUUUUAGGACAUUGUUACAUUCAGGUUUGGCUCUUACAGUAAGUGUUUUGAAAUAAGCAGUCCUAUACAGUGCAAAUUGUGUGCAAAAAUGCGUCAGUAACUGUCUGAGUACACACGCAUGUGGACAUUCUGCUAAAUACAGUGUUGAUUACAGUUUUCAUUUAAUUGCUGGUCGUAUUGUGUGCACGUAAUCAGAAAUGAGAAAGAGAUGGACUGCUCAGAUACAAAUGAACGGGAGAAAUGCACAUUAGCUGGAACAACUUGAAAAAUAGUUUUUAGUGUGACUUUAAGUUAAAAAGCACAGUUUAUGAGACCACCACAGAUUUUACUGUUCAUUUGACAUGAUAUAUAAACGUGAUCCUGACAAACAAUUUUUGUUUUAUCCUUUCAACAAGCUCAGCGUGAGGUUCAGACCUUAAUAUCUCCGUUAAGACUUUGGAAACGUCCUUCCAAAGAAAAAAAUAAAUAAAUUCAUAUGAUAUGAUUUGUGGUAAAACAUAUGAUUUGUAAUGCAAGUAAGUAUAAAGCUGCUCCCUUAAAUCUUACCCUUGAUGGGGCAGGGCAGGUCACCGCAUGAAAAUGUAUGAGACUGUACAAAUUCGUUGCCAAUAUGCCAAAACUUAUAAUAGUUAGAAACUGUCAAGAGACUGGGUUGGCCACCAUCAACAGACAUGAACACACCUUUCAGAUGCAUUUCUGGAUAUCAGAAGAGCAAAACACAAAAGUAGUAAAAAAAAAAAAAAAAAACAUGAAAUGCAGAAAACCAGUCAUUUGCCUUUUUUGUACGUUGGAAUCUAACUUUAAGGUCAGCAGCAAAGACAUAAAGUGAAAAAAAAGAAAGUUUAUUUAUAUUAAGUUCA